AUUGAAUUUAACCAAAAGCCUGGGUUCUCGUAGAAAAAUGAACAGAACAAGCAGUUCUCGUUCUUCCCUCCUUUAGACAUAACGGUGGAUACAAGAGUAUCGCAAGGGAGAAAACAUUUGAUCAAUGCCCGACGACACUCGCUCGAUGGAGUUGGAUGAUGAGUGGCAACCAGAUGUGGUUGUGGGUGUGGACUUUGGAUUGACCGGCACAGGAGUCUCUUAUUCCUAUGCACCGGAAUGGCCGGCGCCAAAGACUCUCCAACACUGGCCAGGAAAGAUGAUUCAUGAACUCGCGAAUAAAGUCCCGACCCAGCUAGAAUACGACAAGUCGAACGUCCUCAAGAGCUGGGGAUUCCAGUGUUCCAACGAAGGAAGCGAGGCUGAUAUCAAAGAAUACUUCAAGCUCUUUCUCUCCCCCGACUACAAAGAUCCCCAGCCUGGCUCACCCACUCGCAAGGACGCGCUGAAAUGGUUCCGCGACUAUACCCGCUGUGUUAAUGAGCAUAUAAUCUCGCACUUCGCAGGCACCAUACCGGAUUUUCCUUCGCUUCGGGUUGAGUUCGUUUACAGCAUCCCUACCACUUGGAGGGACCCACGCGUGCGUGCUGAACUCCAACAGUAUAUCUAUUUGGAUUCCAAGAAUCAUAAAGCCACCAUUGGGCUCACAGAGGCGGAGGCUGCGGCGGUGUAUGCAUGUAAGCAGCACUAUCAAAAAGGGGAUGUGAUUCUCGUUUGCGAUGCAGGAGGAGGUACCACGGAUGUCAACGUUCUCAAAAUACUGUCGUCAAAAGGGGAACCCUCUAAACUUGAGCCCCUUAGUCAUGUUGAAGGACAACCGAUUGGUUCAGUGUUCAUCGAUUUCUCCGCACACCAGUUGAUUUUUCAGAGACUUGAAAAUGUUCGCGACCAUUUGCCGGCUUCUCCAAAAGAUAUUGCAUGGGAAAUGAUGAGUGGAGGCUUUGAACGUUUUAAAUGUUCGUUCGGCACAAAUACGAACUGGACAACUUCAUCGUUAAGGCUCAAGGUUCCUUUCCUAACUGGAAUGAAUUUCCCUGAAGCCGAAGUAUACAAUGGCCAGAUUGCGAUUACCAGUGAUGAAAUUAAACAGCUCUUCGACGUAAAAAUCGAAGAGAUGUAUGCUCUUAUUGAAGAUCAACUUGGCAGGGUUCAAAAGAAACACCCCGAGGAAAAAAUAUCAUAUCUUGUACUCUCCGGUGGAUUUGGUAGCUCACCAUAUGUAAAACGACGCCUUUUGGAGAGGUAUGAAAGCGAAAAUGCGUCAUGCAGUUCUGGAGCCAUGAAGGUCCUUAUCGCAGAAGAACCUCAGCUCGCAGUCGUCGAAGGAUUGGUUAUGAACCGUAUACAGCACUUGCACCGAGGAGUCAUUCCUUUUGGAUCUCGUUGUAGCCCAGUGAGCUAUGGGAUCCUGUGUGACAAAGCAUACAAACCGCGUAUCCAUUUAGGACAGCCUGUGAGAUAUGAUGCCCGCGAUAAGAAGAUAUACGCUGUAGACCAGAUUGAUUGGAUUAUUAUUCAGGGCGGCGCAACUCCACCCACUGGGAUAUCCAAAAGAUUUAACAAAAAGGUCGAUCCAAAACGGAUACAAGAACCAUGGAAGGUCGAAAUAGUCAUGUCGACAUUGGCCCCCGAGCGACUCCCACAGAACAUGGCCGAUGAUGGCGCGGAGCGGUUAUGCGAAAUCAGCAUCUUUACAGACGACGUGGGAAAGAAACAAAAAAAUCACCGCUGGUACCAUUAUCGACCUUCUUACUAUUUCGUUAAGCUGGAGAUUAGAGCGGUUAUCGGACCGGCUAAUCUUCAGUUCCAGCUUUGGGAUACAAACGGAUGCAGGAUACGGACCAGUGGGCAUGAUCCGAUCGCCGUGAAGUGGGAGCCUGUCAAAGUAGACGUAGGAGGUGGAAAUAUUCAGAACGGCAACAUAGCUAAGAAGAACGAUGGCACGCCCUUAGAACUUGAAUAGAGGGAGCAGAUAUAGGUAAUAUUUCCUCAGUAAAAGGAGGGCAUAAGGGAAAACCGAAGCUUCUGGGAAUGGACUGAGGUCGAAAUAGCAUGUACGCUUGCUGUUCUCAGUGAUGGCCGGGGAUAUUUGAAGAAAUCGUGCUCUGUUUUCAGAAAUAAUAUGAUUGUUACGUUAAAAAAAUAUCCGAA